ACAACAAACUUCCCAAAGUUUUAGCUUGUGGAACAGUUCAAAGAGGACGAAUUAUUUCCCUUAAAUUUUGACCAAUCCUGUAAAAUGACAUAGAAACAAAAGGAUGGCAAUAGUCAAUAGGAAAUUUAGCAGGAAGUUUGUACUUAAAGCUAAAAAAAUUAAAGUAAAACUGCUAAAUUAAAGCCUCAUUUAGACAUGGCCAAAAAUAGGGUGAUCCUUAUUAUAGAAGAUUUUUUGUGUGUAUUUAUAUUGAUAAAUAGCAUGUGGAACAGUUUAAAGAGGAUGAACAGAUGCACGUUUAAGUAUUGCAAAGGGGACGUCUGAAGCUAGCUAUUACAUCUCUAUACACUACAAACUCAACACUUGCUUCGAGUAUUAGCUAGUCACUCAUGGCACUGCCUUGUGGAAGUGGGAGGAGGUGGUCGGGGGUAGUAAAGAUGACCUGGUGCUUGUUCUUUCUCAUACCAAUGUCAUUAGCUGGAGAUAGAAACACUGACACCAUCAAACAGGAGAUUCAGGAACAAUUGAAGCGCCUUAACAAGCCUGCAGUUAUAUCCUUUCAGAGCCCGGAUGGAGAUAUAAUCGACUGCGUACCUAUCAACAAACAGCCAGCUUUGGAUCAUCCUUUGUUAAAGAAUCACACAAUUCAGAUGAGACCAAGUUCUUACCCAAAAGGGUUUUCAUUUGAUGAGAGCAACGGCGCCUCUUCAAACUCCAAGCCCGAAAUUACUCAACUAUGGCACUCGGUUGGAAGGUGCCCAGAAGGAACCAUUCCCAUAAGAAGAAUUAAAGAAGAAGAUUUAUUAAGGGCAAGCUCUAUAGCAAAUUUUGGAAGGAAAAAAUUCCCUUCCAUCCCUAAGUAAGGAGAAAGAGGGAAAAAUAAGAAGAGGAGAAUUAUUUUUUUCUUCCCUUCAUGUCACACCAAAUGUACCUACAAGCCAUAUGUGAUAUGAAACUCUCCGAUUCAUUAAUGAAAAUAAAGAGUUAUUCUAUGGA